AUGGGGCCUGCCAGCCCCGUCGCUCGCGGUCUGGGCAGCCGCUGGGGCCCGACGCCGCUGCCGCUGUUGCUGCCACUAUUGCUGCUGCUUCUGCGCGCGCAGCUCGCCACCGGGAGCCUGGCUGGUGGGAGCCCAGGCGCGGCCGAGGUCCCAGGGUCGGCCCAAGUGGCCGGACUAUGCGGGCGCCUAACCCUUCACCGGGACCUGCGCACCGGCCGCUGGGAGCCAGACCCACAACGCUCGAGACGCUGUCUUCGCGACCCGCAGCGUGUGCUGGAGUACUGCAGACAGAUGUACCCGGAGCUGCAGAUUGUGCGAGUCGAGCAGGCGGCGCAAGCCAUUCCCAUGGAGCGAUGGUGUGGAGGUGCUCGGGACGGCCACUGUGCCCAACCUCACCAUCAGGUUGUGCCCUUCCGCUGCCUGCGGGGUGAAUUCGUAAGUGAGGCUCUGCUGGUGCCAGAAGGUUGCCGGUUCCUGCACCAAGAGCGCAUGGAUCAGUGUGAGAGCUCCACCCGGAGGCAUCAGGAGGCGCAGGAGGCCUGCAGCUCCCAGGGCCUCAUCCUGCAUGGCUCGGGCAUGCUUUUGCCCUGUGGUGUGGAUCGGUUCCGGGGUGUGGAGUAUGUGUGCUGCCCCCCUCUGGCGACCCCUGACCUGUCUAGGACAGCAGUUGGUGACCCUUCCACCCGAUCCUGGCCUCUGGGGGCCAGAGCAGAGGGGGGGAAGGAAGAGGAAGAAUCCUUCCUACAGCCAGUGGAUGAUUACUUUGUGGAGCCCCCACGGGCUCAAGAGGAAGAGGAGGAAGAAAGAGUCUCACCCCCAAAUGCCCACACGCCUGCAGGAGUCAUCCAAGUGACUCCCACCCCGAGGCCCACGGACGGUGUGGACGUGUACUUUGGCAUGCCUGGGGAAAUCAGUGAACAUGAGGGAUUCCUGCGGGCCAAGAUGGACCUGGAGGAGCGUAGGAUGCGCCAGAUUAACGAGGUGAUGCGUGAGUGGGCCAUGGCAGACAACCAGUCCAAGAACCUGCCUAAAGCUGACAGACAGGCCCUUAAUGAGCACUUCCAGUCCAUUCUGCAGACUCUGGAAGAACAAGUGUCUGGUGAGCGACAACGUCUGGUGGAGACUCACACCACCCGGGUUAUCGCUCUUAUCAAUGACCAGCGGCGAGCUGCGCUGGAAGGUUUCCUGGCAGCCUUGCAGGGGGACCCACCUCAGGCAGACCGUGUCUUGGCAGCCUUGCGGCGCUAUCUGCAUGCUGAGCAGAAGGAGCAAAGACACACAUUGCGGCACUACCAACAUGUGGUUGCCGUGGAUCCCGAGAAAGCCCAGCAGAUGCAUUUCCAGGUGCAGACACAUCUUCAAGUGAUUGAGGAAAGGAUGAAUCAGAGCCUGGGCCUGUUAGACCAGAACCCCCAGCUGGCUCAGGAACUUCAGCCUCAGAUUCAGGACCUCCUCCACUCUGAACAUCUGAUCCCCAACGAAUUGGAAGCCCCUAUCCCAGGGGCCAGCAGUGAGGACAAGGAUGGGCUGCAGUCACCGGAUUCCAAGGAUGCAAACACUCCCAUGGCCUUCCCUAAAGGGUUCACAGAACAAGAGGCUACAUCCCCUGCAAGAGAAAAGCUAUCUCCCCUGGAACAGUAUGAGCAAAAGGUGAAUGUGUCUGUUCCAAGGGGCUUCCCUUUUCACUCAUCGGAGAUUCAAAGGGAUGAGCUGGCACCAGCUGGGACCGGUGUGUCCCGUGAGGCUCUGUCUGGGUUGCUGAUCCUGGCAGCAGGUGGGGGCUCCCUGAUCGUCCUCUCCCUGCUGCUCUUGCGCAGGAAGAAGCCCUAUGGGACCAUCAGUCAUGGAGUGGUGGAGGUAACCCUGGAGGAGCAGCAGCUCCGUGAAUUACAGCAUCAUGGUUAUGAGAACCCCACCUACCGCUUCCUGGAGGAACGGCCCUGA